AUCAUCAACACGGCUUUGCCUCGAUUCGUCGCUAGCUCUGCAUGUAGUGGCGAGUAUAACCGUUUACCCACUCCCCACUCACCCACAUGCUGGGUUCUUCGAUGUUCCCCGGCUCGGGAACCGAAGAAGGAUCAUUUGAGUCUCCCCAACCAAAAGGCAGCUAGAAGGCAAAUGAAAAUCGAUUCGAGGUAACCAAUGCGUCCCGUUCUUUAAUAUAUGUAUAUCUUAUAGACAUUCGUAUGUGUAUAUGCGUACAUUUCCGUACUUUGUUCAAUCAACAAGUUCUUUCUCAACCUCCACUCUCAGUCUCCACACGAACGAAGUAAGAGAGGAAGGGAGGAAGGGGCGGGGGACGCAUGCGGCAAAAAACCGACCCCAAAAGGAAGACAACCAGCCAAGCCAAAAUCUUCGUAUUCAAUCUAUGCUGUUUAAUUUACCAAAGAUUGUGUUGCGUAUCAACACGCAUACACACACAUGCAGAUCUAGAACAGGUAACUCGUCGAGUAGACGAACCCCGAUUGGAUGUGAGUCUUCUCCAAUCAUUUUCUACCGUCUCUUACUCUUGCAUACAUGUUUAUGUACUCUUGCGCUUAUGUUCUCUCACUCACAUGAUCUCAUCUAAAGAACCAUGGACUGAAGUAGAAGGUCGUAUAGAAUGGAUGGAAAGAAGAACUGCACUAAGCCCGUGGCACCGCAAGGUUCUCUGCAGGAUUCUCGAACGAAGGAAGAACAGAGCACUAGAACAUGGUCAGUCGGUGGGGCAAGCGUACCGAUCUGUUGUUCUAGGAACGACGUGCCGCCGGAUGUACACCUUAGCGAUCUUGGUAUUCAUUCCUUCGGCGUUGUUGAUGCAAGAGACACUGCACUGUUUCUGUUUUCUCUUUAUACAAUGCUUGAUAAGGCGAAUUCAGUCUAUAAAUAUCCAUCACGCGAUAUAUUAAUCCAUCGACCAAGCAAACUGAGCUAUCUCGAUAUGGACAAUUGUACAAUUCAUACAUACAGAAGCUGCUGC